CUGCCCCCUCCCUCCUUCUCUCCCCCCCUCCCUCCUUCGCUACAAAAUGGUUUUCCUUGCCUCACACACACGGAGCUGGGGCUGGCAGAUCGGGGCUUUGGGUACCAGACUUGGAUGUUGGCAGGUUGUCGGCGGGGGUCGGGCAGGGGAUGGAGGGAUGCUGAGCCACUGAUUCUGCCCCCCCCUUGGGCACAUUAUUACCCCUCCCAAAGCUGCUGGAUUUAGCCCUGUGCUCGGAUUGCUGGUGAUUAAAGCCCCCCCAGGCCUCUCCAUGCCGCUCCCCAGGGGCCCCAUUUUUUGCUCCCGACCCUGCGUCCCAGUGAAGGAUGGAACGUAACAGAGUUUUGCCCUGUUGCCCCCACUCUGCUGCCCCCCUGCUCUGACCGACUGAGGGCUCUUUAGCCCCCGAACCCCUUUUUAUGAACUUGCUGGAGAUUUAUUCCCUCACCCCCCCCUUUUUUAUUUUGCCCACAUUUCCUAUUUAAUCCAUUUCUCCCAGGAAUUUGCCCACAGUAACGUUUCAUAUUCUUUGUAAAAAGUCGGUAUUUUCCACAAAAACAACAACUUUAUCCAUCGGAAUCUAAUUUAUUCAACUCUACGGAUAUUUUUCAGCCAAAUUCGCUUGUUUUCUGACAGUUUUGUUGCCGGAACAAUUGCUAAAGUCCCUCCAGACUCCAUUUUGUAUAUUCAGUGCCGACGCCCCACAUUGCCCUUCCAGACGUUGGCACUGCCCGCUGCUCGGCGGCAUCACAACUGGGCCGCAUUGCUUUGUGGGAUUUACUGGGAUCUGGUACCAUCUUUUCCCCUCCAUGGCGCCGGAUUUCCGUGCCCCCCUGAUUCUGUGGCUGCUGGCCGCUUGCCCGGCGGAGGGGCAGAAAGGAGAUGACAAAUACCCCGUGGUCAACACCAACUAUGGGAAAUUACGGGGAGUAAAGAAAGAUCUGAACAAUGAGAUCCUGGGCCCGGUGGUGCAGUACCUGGGCAUUCCCUAUGCCACGCCGCCCAUUGGCGAGAGGAGGUUUCAGGCGCCGGAAGCCCCGGCAUCAUGGACAGAGGUUCGCAAUGCCACCACGUUUGCCCCCGUUUGCCCGCAGAACCUGCACGGAAUGUUACCGGGAAUCAUGCUCCCCCUCUGGUUCACAGAGAACAUGGACGUGGUGGCGGGGUACGUGCAGAACCAGAGCGAAGACUGCCUGUACCUCAACAUCUACGUGCCCCUGGAGGAUGGUCCCAUUUCCAAAUCCCGGGAGGACCCCAGAAAAGCGCAACACACUCCAGACGAAGAUAUCCGAGACAGUGGCAAGAAACCUGUUAUGAUGUUUAUCCACGGGGGAUCCUACAUGGAGGGAACUGGGAACAUGUUUGAUGGCAGUGUCCUUGCUGCUUACGGCAACGUCAUUGUGGUCACUCUAAACUACAGACUGGGAAUACUGGGGUUCAUGAGCACAGGAGACCAGGCAGCCAAGGGCAAUUAUGGCCUCCUGGACCAAAUUCAAGCCUUACGGUGGCUGGAAGAAAACAUUGGGCAUUUUGGCGGUGACCCAGAAAGAAUUACUAUCUUUGGAUCAGGAGCAGGGGCUUCUUGUGUCAGCCUACUCAUUCUCUCCCAUCACUCCGAAGGUCUCUUCCAGAAGGCCAUAGCACAGAGUGGAACAGCCAUUUCCAGUUGGUCUGUUAACUAUGAGCCACUAAAAUACACCCGGCUUUUGGCAGCUAAAGUAGGUUGUGAUUACCAAGAAAACUCUGAGAUGGUGAUGUGCUUGAGGAGAAAGCCCUACAGAGACUUGGUAGACCAAGACAUCCAACCGGCACGGUAUCACAUUGCUUUUGGGCCUGUGGUUGAUGGCGACGUGGUGCCGGACGAUCCUGAAAUUUUAAUGGAACAGGGAGAGUUCCUCAACUAUGACAUCUUGAUGGGCGUAAACCAAGGCGAGGGUUUGAAGUUUGUGGAGGACACCUUGGAGAGCGAGGACGGCAUCUCCAACAGUUACUUCGACUUCACGGUGUCCAACUUUGUGGACAACCUUUAUGGCUUUGCGGAGGGAAAAGAUGUCCUCAGAGAGACCAUCAAGUUUAUGUACACCGACUGGGCAGAUCGUGACAAUGGAGACAUGAGGAGGAAGACUCUGCUGGCUCUAUUCACGGAUCACCAAUGGGUGGCACCGGCCAUUGCCACUGCCAAGUUCCAUGCAGAGUACGAAUCGCCUGUGUAUUUUUAUGCCUUUUACCAUCGUUGCCAGGCCGAAGGAAGGCCGGAGUGGGGAGAAGCGGCACAUGGUGACGAGGUGCCCUAUGUCUUUGGGGUGCCUAUGGUUGGAGCAACGGACCUGUUCCCGUGCAACUUCUCCAAGAACGAUGUCAUGCUGAGCGCUGUGGUUAUGACCUACUGGACGAACUUUGCAAAGACAGGUGAUCCCAACCAGCCUGUCCCUCAGGACACCAAGUUCAUCCACACAAAGCCCAAUCGCUUUGAGGAAGUUGUGUGGACAAAGUUUAACCCCAAAGAGAAACAGUAUCUCCACAUCGGCCUCAAGCCUCGUGUGAAAGACAACUACCGUGCCAAUAAGGUGGCCUUCUGGCUGGAGUUGGUCCCCCAUCUACAUGAACUUAAUACAGGCCUUCACACCUCCACCACCACCAGGCAACCUACUGGUGGGACCCGCAGGACAAGCAGUGGGAGUACCACACGCCGACCACCCGUCACCUUUCCUCCAGAUAUAGAUAUUGAAGAAGAAAUGGACAAUCGUCCAAGGUAUUCUCCCUUCCCAGGAGACUCGAGGGAUUACUCCACAGAGCUGAGUGUGACAGUGGCCGUGGGUGCCUCUCUCCUGUUUCUCAACAUCUUGGCGUUUGCUGCUCUUUACUACAAGAGGGACCGACGCCACGAGCUGAGGCAGAGAAGACAUAGUCCAGGGAGGGGAGGUGUUCCUGGCAAUGAUCUAGCACAUCAUGGUCCAGAGGAAGAGCUUAUGUCUUUGCAGAUCAAGCGGGCCGGAGGUGCCCCGGACCUUGAGCCACUGAGGCCACAUGACAUAUUACGCCCGGCUUGCCCCCCUGACUACACCUUGGCACUCAGAAGGGCUCCUGAGGAUGCCCCUCUUCCACCUCCACCUCCACCGCCCACCUCUGUCAUGGCACCCAGCACCAUAUCUGGUCUCCCCUCCUUACAUCCAUUUAACACCUUUCCAACCACAGCACACAACAAUACUCUUCCCCACCCGCACUCCACCACAAGGGUAUAGGGGUGACAGGCAUCUCCCCCUCUACCCACAUCUCACCUAUCCCCUUUUCUUAUGGACUGCAGUAUGGGCUAUCUCUGCUCGUACAUCUGGAUUCCGCUUUGAUAGGGGAUGUGGGCAGAUUGAAGAUUUGAUCAGAAGGAGGGGGCAGAAUGGAACUGCCACUGCCUUUAACUCACCCCUCCGAAUCUUCAUUUUCAGGCUUUAUGGACUACUACUUUACCGAAGGAACUCAGCCUUUUGGAACCUUCUCCCCCGUUCACGUGGCUCCAAGUAAAUAACUGACGGGGCAGUUAUGUAAAGGAAAGCAGGAACGGGAAUGGGGCGAAAACACAUAUUACCCCUAAUUCUCUUUAUAGAAAGGGGUGGGCGUUAUAAGGAGGAGAAGAGGCCUAAUUGAUUAGGCUGAAGCCUCCACAGACUCACUUCUACUGCUUUAUUUUUAUUCAUGAAGAGUGUUAAUUUGAUAUAAAGGUACCAAUGGGUUGAGGGUGACACGCCCCUUGCCCACUGUGUUCAGUGCACUGAGUCCAAGACAACUGUACAGCUCCCAAACAGGUUUUGUUAAGUAUGAAGGAUUGUGGGUAUCAUUACAAGAUGGGGGGUUGUCCCCUGUCACAAAGAGAAAGAGGGGGCAGUGAAUGUAUUUUGGGGGAAAUGCAUGACAGGCCAAAUGAAAUACACCCCAACUCACAGUGCCAAUGAUUCCCUCGCUGCCAGGGCUGGCCCGCGCGUAUCUUACUGGUGUGGGUGCAAAUAGGUUCUUUGCCUUUUCACUGCCAUAAAUUCCUCGUGCCCCUCGAUUAAACAGGGGAAGGGGAGCUGUGCCAAAAUAUUGGAGGGAGAACGGUUUCUUCUGUUAGGACAUUUGCUAUUUCCUACAUAUAAUGUCUCCUUGUCUCUCUUUUAUCCCAGGUCUCCCAUUAUCUUUUGUCCUUAGGCUUCCACCUUUUCUUCCCUCUCUUUACUUCCAUGCCUGUCCCUGAUACCCAUCUAUCUAUCUAUCUAUCUAUCUAUCUAUCUAUCUAUCUAUCUAUCUAUGAUAAUCCUUCCCC